AUGAUAGCGCCGUCGGCUUCCACUGCUCCUGGUUUUAUCACUCCAACAGACAAUGACUUUGUACCCACUCCGGGUAUCAGCGAUUACCGCUCAAGAACGUACGAGUGUGCCCGACUAACAAGCGCUGACCACGCUCCCCAGGAACCGGUUCGAUUCCAUUUUCCUGGCCGAAGAUCGAAGUUGUCCUACACUCCUCCUGCUGUGGUUGCAUCUGAACCAGAAAUUGAGACACCUCUCACUGGUUCGGAUGCACCGAAUUUGGAAUUCCCCAAUGAUCUGUCCAACAGUAUUGAUCGCUUGUCAUUAGAAGUGCGACGUGGGUUAGAACCUGUUUCAAACAGAGUGCGAAAUUGCGACAGCACCCGAUCUCGCACUCGUCCUAGGCCUCGAUCGACAUCCUCUUCCACUUCCAAGAUUUCCGUGUUUUGGAACACGUUUAUUACCGGUGGAAGUUUCAAACCCGCGCCACCUUCACACUCGUCCUUUCACACCGCUGCAACCACCGUAAAGCAGGUGAAAGGCCAUCGACAUUUUAUGCGGAAUCGUUCCGUUGGUGCUGCUGAUCCUGUGAUGGUCAAAUCAAGCUCAAGACGUUCCAAACAUUCCAAGUCAAAUACAGACAUUUGUGACGGUAUUCCAUUCACUUAUUUAAGUCGACCCCAUUCAGAAGAACUACGACUCCUCGGAGUCUUAAAUCUACGGGAUGCGGCUACCAGUAUGGAUUCCCCUAAUCACCACGGCUCCUUUAUCAACGGAGGUCAACUUGUGUCGCCACGCAAGUCUCAAUCUCCCAUUCAUACCGAUUCGGAAUACUUAGCGGGCGCAAGUACACGUGCGCCGGAUGAUCGAUUCGCCAUCUCAGGUACCACUACUCCUAAUUUGCGCCGCUCUCCUGGAACACAACGUGCCAGGCACUUGAGUAACGUUCCUCGCGCCAGUGCUUUCGGGUGUGUGGAGUCGUACAAAAAGCUGGAUGUGCUUGGUGAAGGAUCAUAUGCCACAGUGUAUCGUGGCUACUCUCACGUAAUGGGUCGUUCUGUGGCAGUGAAAGAGAUUCGCAUCAAUCCAGAAGAAGGAUUGCCCUUCACUGCAAUACGCGAAGCUUCUUUACUGAAGGCUUUGCGACAUGCGAAUAUUGUCAUUCUUCAUGACAUCGUGCACACGAAGAACACACUCAACUUUAUUUUCGAAUUUGUGCAUUCGGAUCUCAGCAAAUACAUUGAAAAACACUCAAAUGGAAUUCGUUUACACAACGUUCGUCUCUUUUUGUAUCAGCUCCUUCGUGGUCUAGCCUACUGUCAUGAUCGACAUAUUCUGCACCGGGAUUUGAAACCGCAGAAUUUACUUAUAUCCGCCACUGGGGAACUUAAACUGGCUGAUUUCGGCCUAGCUCGAGCGAAAUCAGUGCCUAGUCGUACCUACAGCCAUGAAGUGGUCACCUUGUGGUAUCGGCCACCAGAUGUGCUGCUUGGCUCCACUUCCUACACAGCCUCGUUAGAUAUUUGGGGUGUCGGAUGCAUUUUCACCGAAAUGAUCUCUGGCGUCGCCACUUUCCCAGGGUCAAAAGAUUCCGUUGACCAACUGGACAAAAUUUUUCGGAUAAUGGGGACGCCGACAGAAGCUACUUGGCGCGGUGUUUCUAAACUUCCCAAAUAUAAAGCGUUGCUUGGACAUCUCGAUUGGGAUGGUGGGUCGCGUCUGCUCUCGCAAACAGGCCGCGCAGCCAUUAACAACCAUCCUACCGUUGCCAACGAGGGCGCACUCUCUGGGGGAAAACGAGACGCAGAGUCGCAACCUGCAAACUCCGGAGGCUCUUCCACCAUCAGCGUCAAAACACGCCGAUUGCAGUGGUAUCCAAGUCGUCCGCUGCAUCGUGUCAUACCCCGUUUGAACCAAGCUCAACAUUCAGAAGCAUUGGCCUCCCAGCUGUUGCAGUUACCGCCGUCUAAGCGCAUCUGCGCUCGCAAUGCGAUGCGAACACCAUAUUUCUCCUCAGCCUUACCUACCGCACAAUUGGCCUGCCUCCCAGACACCUCCUCUAUCUUCGAAAUCCCAACCAUUCGCAUGCUGCCUGAGACGAUGUCGAGUCGAGUUGGGAAAAACGGUGGCUUUUCAAGACUGUUCGAUCGUCACCCCACUCGGGAUGCUCCAUGCGUUAAUUCAUGUGAUUGGGAAGAGGGAGACGAUGACGAUGAGUCGACGCAUGCCGCACGUCACUAUGUCGAAGCUACCGCUGCCGAUGGAAUCGCCUCGGAUGAUCUAUCAUAUUCCUUGGAGGUGCUCACAGAAGAAAUGGGCGGCAAUGAGGCUGUUCACGGUGAACGGCAUGGCAAGUGGAUUCGUUCGGGGCCUGGUCUUGUCGGGCGAGCGAGCACUCACGGGUGGGACCCGUCGUCCACAAGUUUGUCCUCGUGUAAUCCAACGCAUACUCAAGCUCCUAGCUAUCUCGAUACCAAUAACAACCACUAUAUUGUCGGGCAGGAAAAGCCUUCGAUUCCAUGUGGACAUACCGCCCAACCACUGCACCCACAUUCGUACCAUGGUCACAACCGCCUGUAUGCGACGCGAGCCUAUGAAUCGGCUGACGCAAUCAUUCAAGCCACACCUAUCGAAAAGGAAUCGCACCAUGAAAUGAACCUUUCUCCGGAAAAGAAGGCAGUGCGAGAUGCCGCUCCUGUAAAGUAUUUCCCUCCUAGCUUUGACCAGUUUCAACCCAGUGCCUCUGUGCACGGAACCAGAGACCUUGCUGCGAGUAACAUCACCACUAGUCUUCCUUCACACCCAAGCGCAAACCUUCCUUUUCACCUAAAAGGUGAUCAAAUUUCCAACCCCACAAUUUGUUCUUCCAGUUUUACCUCUCCCUGUCCUCCACCUCAAAUGGCCGGAUUUCCUGCACACCCUCCUUCAGUCUACCCUGGUUACUAUUUUCCACUCAUUCAUCCUGAAUUCGGCAAUCUGAGUUGUGGCACCACACCUUAUUCCGUCGAUGAACGUCGCCGGGCAGCCGCCGCUGCAGCUGCAGUUGCGGCUGCCUCGGCGGCGAUCGCUGCUGCCGCAUCCCUAUGUCCACUCGAUCAACAGCUGGUUCCAUUCCUUGCCUUGCCUCCUUCGGCAGUGCAGCACGGAUCAGACGCAUCAUCCCCUUCUUGUUCUUGGUUCACCGCACAAGGGAGUAAAGGUAACGAUAUUCCGAGUUGCAGCAAGGGCUUGUCUAACAUUGGACCAGAUGUGGCCACCGGACACCGUCCCAAUUCUGCGAUGCUUCCAUACCCUUCUCAUGUGAACGUUGCUCCCUCUAACUACAUGUGUGCUUACCUUAUGCCCCAAGCUCCCCUUCAAUAUGCUGCUCCAUAUUGGUCUCACGGAUUGAUGCCUCAAAACGAUCGGCAAACUCCCGGUCCUUAUUUCGCAUCUUCUCCCUUUGCUUCCACCAUGAACUCGUCUCAAAUGAGCACUUAUGAUCCGAGCACUACAGAGCUCGACCAUUCCAAACACCUGAAAACCAUUCAACCGGACGAUGUGACCCUCAUCUCCAGAUCCCCUGAAAUCGUAAGAAACGCGCCAAAGUCGGUUCAAGCUCCUGAUUUGACUGCUAACUGCGUAGUUACACCGUCGGAAGCUUCAUACCGAAGUUUAAGUCCCCAACAGGAAUCAGCGCUUUAUACGAAGGGCACUCCAGCCAUACCCGUUACUCAAGACCCCGGGUGCCACACUUCGGCGUCUAGUGUUCCUCAAUGGAUGUUUUUCUUCCCUUAUAAACCUGAAACUACCAUUCCGGGUCCUCCUUCUGGUGUCACCUGGCCAGUGGGACAGCCCGAGAUGAUAUCGUGCCAAACGUCCAACACAUGUGGUGCUCCCAACUUCUUUUCUUCACUGUGUCAAGGCCCUCCGCUCGCUAUGAAUACGCCAAAUAGUCACGCGUUGAUCCAUCCGCCUGACAUCAGUUUUCAUUAUACCCCAAAUAUCAGCAAACCGCUUAGUUAUCCCUACUGGCAUACACAUUCUUGCAGUUUGGAUUCGCGCUUUGAGGAUCGUAACUAUUCCGACAUCAACCAGUUUAACUGCCCUUCUGUGAACUCGUUUUCAAAUGCUCCUCAACAAAACUUUCAUCAACGUUCUGCGUCUGCAUCUCAGCCACAGUCAUCGAUACGUCAAAUGUCCCGCAGCACCUACGAUCAACCCAGUCGGACAAAUUCCACGAACAUGGCGACCGUCUAUGCUACCGGCGAUUUGGCAUCAAACGAACCCGACGCUUUUCAUGGUUUGGUUGGUUGUGGUGCUGAGUAUCCCAGGUCACGAAUCAACCGCAGUAUCAGCUUCACUACUCCCGAGCUUAUGCGCGUUGAGGCCAAAAUAACGGAUAAUCGGCACUCAUCACAUCAGUAUCACCGUUUGCCCCGGUCGCACGCAUACUAUCCGGCCAAUCAGUACUGCUCCUUGGCUGCAGCUGCAGCUUCCCCAUCGGCUAUUUACAACAACAACAGUAACAAUGGAACGCCUUGUUGCAGAGAUCAUAUAACUCCAACGCUUAUUACGACCCGGUCUCCUCUUCUCCAGGGCGAUGUUAAUCUGAACAAAUUUGAACCUUCAGAAGAGCACUUACCCAGGCCUCCUCCGUCAUUCUUUUGUUCGCACAGUGGGAGCAGUUUGAGCGGCGCUUACUAAGUGACAUUUACCUUUAUAUGUGCAUGUGCGCAUCUAUUCAGUUGUGGUCUCGUGUUCGGUGGUCUUUUCUCACUGGCACCUUCAGCGGCAGCACCCAUGAUGCUUUGUUCCUCCAGCUUUUCAACUUGACUCGAGUAAUAUCACAUUAGAAAAAUUGCCCAUCGGUUUCGGCUUUCAUCUCAGGCCUCCGCCUCGCAUUUACCUGCAAUCGCUCAAACCUGCUGAGCACUGCACCAACCUUGUUUUAGCGUUAUUUUUCUACACACGUAUUCUUAGGUCUGCCUGCAUUGGCAUUCCUGCUCACAUCAAUCCUCGCAUCAAUCAUGAUGUACAUUCGUUUUUCGCCCCUUAUGUCACCACGCUUCACUUUUUUGUUUGACCUUUCAGCGACAAUAUGACUCCAAGCGAGCAGCUGAUGAGAUCCUAUUGCCAUACGUCCUUCGGUUCUUUCACCUAAUAUUUCUGUUGAGUCGUCUACUUUGUAUUGUUUGCUCGGUAACACCUGCUCAAUUACUGAACGACACAAACUUAGAGGGAAUACGCGAUCUGCUUUUACUGAUACUGUCCUCCAUCACUGUUUGUACUUCUAAGGGAUUCGACAUCGUCUUUUCCCAACCGGUUUUAUGUAUAUCAUUUCAGUUGGAUUACUGAUUUUAUCGUUUUUCAUUUAUUAGCUCGCCUUCCUGUCUGUCUUUUCACCCUCCCGCAAUUUGCCGGUGUACUGUGUUCGCGUUUAUUUGUACAGUCAAAUCUGUUUGAAUCCAAACACGUUUGUUCAUUGUAGUGCACUGAUCGCAGGUGAACACACGAUUUCGCAUUUUCAGCUUCACAACAUGUGUAUUUUGGAACUGGAAGCAUGACUACCACUUCUUGACCACUUGAG